AAAUCACCAUUCCCGUGAGCCAUGAAUGACCCGUCCUGACCCAGGGGAAAAUCGGACGAUUUAAUUUCUUUCUACUUUUCACCUCGCUGGAGGAAUUUAAUGAGUUUUACGCACAUUUUCUCGAUGAUUGACGGUUUCUUUUAUUAAUUAUAUCCGUUCGAAAUUGUCUGCGGACGAGUCUAAUAAACGCUGCAGUAAUGUGAUGGAGAGAGUUUUAAAACCUUUCUGCAGUGAUAAUGUAAGAAUGAGUAUGGAACAAGAUCCUCCCACUCCUCUUCUAUCGGCUGUACAGAAAAGACCAGGCCCAACAAGAAGAAGGACCAGAUCGACUGGAAGCCUUCGAGAACUUUCUUCGUAUUCCUGGAGCAACAAACACAGUGGAGAUUCAAGCAGUAGUGUCGGAGAGUGGGAUUUUUCAAGAGAAAUAGGAAUGUCAAGCCUUCACCAGAGUGACAGUGAUGAUGUUAGUGGAAUCCAGGGGAAAAGUACAUUUUACAAUCUGCAAAGCCACCACAGGCUUCCCUACCUUUUCCCUAAUAUUGAAUCGGAUUCUGUCAACGAAAACUUCUCCCCCGUAAGGCCAACUACGAGGAGCAGGCCGAGGGGUUUAUUCAAAGUGUUGCGCAGGAAGAGAAAGCUAAAGAGGAUGGCAAUGGAGAUGUCUACAGCCUCAACCUCGUCUCGUGCUGCCAAUGCAUAUUCAUCGAUCGGAAAGAAAAAGAGGAUAUUGCGCCACACUCCUAACUGUGAGAACAAAUUUUGUGUGGGGCUAAAUAUCGGGAAAAGGAAACGGAGCACGAGGAGCAUAACUGAUCCGCCUCAAAGAACUGUUCUUGCACUACAUCGACUUAGUCUAAGAGAUGACACACAGCAUCCUCAUAGCAGCUCGUCCUUGUCUAGUUCAGAAAGCGAUACUGGAAUCUAUACAAAUGACGAAGGAAGAGAAGGCGAUGAUGAACAAAGUGAUUGGGUUGGCGAGGCGAGAGGUGUUUGGGACGAUUCGGACAGAGGGGAAGGAAUGGACGACGAUCAACCUUUUAGCCUGCCGAUUGUUGGAAGACGAGGCAGAGAAAUAAGAGGCGGGAGGAGGCGGGUGCGGAGUGAUAAAGCUAGUUUCACUGUCUUGACCUCUGCAAAUGAAAAGUUAUCCAGGUUUCUUCAAGACCCUGCUAAAUCCCAACUUAGGCUCCAUCCAAUGAAGGAACAUGAAAGGCACCAGUUGAGUCAUUUAGCAAAUCUGUACUCGUUAGAUAUGCAGCUUGCAGAACAUCAUCAACAUCGUGGAUUGACAUGUCCGAUCUUAACAAAAACCAGCAAUACUGUAAGAGGAGAACCUGUGAACAUGACUAGACUCAGCAGUCUCAGUGAUAUUAAAAGACGUAGACGCACUCCUCCAAACGUCCAUACUGUAACAACAGAUGUAGAAAUGGGAGAAAGCGGAGAUUCAAUGGUUACAAGCCUCUUUGGGUCGGGUUCAAUCAGUCCCAUCAUAUGUAAAGAAAGACAUCAUGAUCAAAAUUCAAGGCUAGAUCACAAAUGAUGCAGUCGAAUGUUAAUAAGGCCACUGGUAGAACUGCCCACCGCAGAGAUUUUCCUACGACUCUCAACACCGAAGAAAGAUGGCAAAAGGCAGGGGAUUAAGUAUCACAGGGUAACAAAUUGGCAUAGCUACUAGGAGGAUGUAUGUAUUUUUUCCUUUAAAUACAGUCACGCUGAACUCGUUGAAAAAUUGUGCAACGAAAAUUUCAUUGUAUACGGUCGAGGACUUUUGCAAAACAAUUUCAUUGUUGCAGAGUUGAGAAAAUCUUCAAUU